CGGAACGCCUGGAGGAAGUUCUACAUCGACAACUGCAUAUUUGAUCGCUUGUAUUUAAUGAGAUUUCUCUGAUUGAUCAAGCCUUUACAAAAAGAAAAAUCAAGAUCUGGUUAAUUAACAUUACAAUGGAUAUUAUUUAACGGAAACUGAUCGGUUUACUACAGUAAAUUGACUUAAUUGAACGACAAASAGAGACGACAAAAUCCAAGAUGGCGACAAACGACUGCUUGCAAGUAACUGUCGUAGACACACUGAUUCUUGAAGAUACCCUYGGUGGGCUAGUAUUUCUAUCAUUUCUACUUGCUCUAUUACUUGGGCUUGUUAUUGGAGCUCUUAUAAUGCGAUAUAUAUUUAGAGAAAUGGAGGAGCAUAACACUAGAAGGAAGGAUAAAUCUUUUUCUGCACCGACAAUAAUUGAAGAUUCUGAUGAAGUCAAGAAAAGCCCCUCAAUGAUUAAGAAAAUGGGAAGCAACAGAAUAUUUCCAGUGAUAAUCAAUGAACCGGAGAACAAAACUGUUGCCAUAGAGAUGGAMCGCACAUAUUCAUUUGCAAGUCAGCAAAGUCUCUCAACGUCAUUCACCCAAACAAGCAGAGGUCACUGUUUUGCUGAUGCACUCAUUAAAGUAACUGGUGAAGACAUGGAUGUCGAGCUUCAAAGUCAAGAUUUUAGAUUGAUUCAGAAGAUGGAACAGGAUUUGAGAAAAGAAAAGUCUGAAACAUUUUUACAGUUGAUCAAGAUGAUUCUCACRUUCCUUCUGAGUAAAACAAGAAUUGAUGAAACAUUCAAAAGAGCUKCUAUUGCAAAAUAUGAACAGAGCAUUGAGGACAUAGAAACAGACUCACAAAGGGAGCAGCAACAAGAGGAACAGGAAUUGCAUGAAACCAUUACAGAUGUCAAAGAAUUGGACAAUAAACUAGAACAACUACACUCCAAAUACUCUAAGAAGAAGGAUUCCCGUCUUAUUGAACUGCAAGAGGAAUUUGGUCAAGAUUUAACAAAUGAAUCUGAUUUGUCUGAAGAAGAGGCAAAGCAAAUCUUGUCCAAAUUGAUGACAAACUUCACAGCUGCAGAGAAACGGCGAGCAGAYGAACUAAAUCGGCAGAGUAUGAUUUUACAUGAACGCCUUGCAAAGCGUCAGCUGAUAGCACAGAAAAUGGCUGCAGAAAAACAAGAAGAAAAUGAAGAAUAUCAAGAGAGAAAACAAUCACCUGACAGUAUUGUAGCAGUCUUAAAGAAGAGAGGAAAACUGACUGAUGAUCAAAGUCAGAGCAUCCUAGAAGAUUAUAAACAAGAUUUAAAAGUUCUUGAGGAAAACCACCAACAAGCUGUACUGAAGCAUGAAGCUGAUUUGGCUGCAAAAUUAAGAAAGAAACGAGAACAAAAAGAAAAACUCCUUCUGAAUGAGCAAGAAGGACAAAAAGAAGAAUUUGAUUCCAAGGCAAAUCAUUUGAUCGCUGAAAGUAGCAUGACAGCUGAAGACUACCUGGAGGCUUAUCACAAACUGAAGGUCGAACAGCAAGCUGCUUUGGAAGACGAAGAGGAUGCAAGCGAUAUUUACGAAGCGCAGGAAUUUGAACAGCUUAAAGAGCAAUUGAACGAACAUUGGAGACGAACUGUAAGCAAACGUGAAAACGAGUUGUUCAUAGAGAUCAAGAAACAGGCUCAUCUUUCUGAGAAAGAAGCGGACAGACUAAUGAAAAAAUACGAAGAACAACUACAAGAAUAUUCCAACAAACGAGAAAGAGAGAAGGAAAGACAGCAAGCUGACAUCAAAGAGAAACUAAAAGAAAGAAAGAAUAGAUGGGAAAGAGAAGCUGAGAARAGACUUCUAGAACAGGACCAAAUGGUCACGGAACAAGAAAACACGUUAAARCAAGUUUUGAACGCACAGAUUGGCCUGAACGAGGAGCUACGAAAGCAAGUGAUGCUGGAACACGAACAGAAUUUGAUGGCUCUYAACAACCAUUUACAGAUCAGCAGAAUCAGACAACAAAAGAAAGUCGAGCAAAGGUUAGCAGAACGUCGCGCUCGUUUAGCCGAGCUAAGAAAGAACAUGGAAGAAGAGAGAUCAAUAAAAACAAACGGUGAUCCCAACCAGUUGAAAACACUAGCGAGAGCACAGAACAUAGAAUACCAAGCUGAAGUCAAGAAAAUGGAAGAAGAGCACCAAGAUGCCUUGGAUGAACUAAGAAGAAGACUUGCAGCCGAGACGGAAGAAGCUUUGAAAGAACAAGAUGAACGGCUGGGAAAAAUCCUAGGCAAACUACAACUUGAAGUCACCCGUCGAGAUGAAAUCAUAAAGAACAGAGAUAUUGCUAUUCGUAAUCUGGAGAAAAAGUUCGUUGACACGAUGACAAAAGARGGAACGAUAGCAGACAUUCAGACUGAUAAAAUACUAAAGCAACACCAGAAACAGGUCGAUAGACUCAACCAAAAUAUUGAACUAGAAAGAGAACGGCAGAUGAGAAAUAUACGCGAGAAAAUCCAAUUGAAACAACUGAAAAAAGAAAAGGCAAUGGAAGCUAAACGCGCAAAAGAGUUAGAAGAAAUGAAAUCAAAAGGAGUUAAAUCAGCAUCCAGUACUCUCCAUUCUAUUCUAACAGAACAGCARCACAAGAGGGAAAUGGAGGAGCUGGAGAAUGAGAUGCGAUUUGAGCUGAGAAGACAGAUGGARUUUGUCGAGAAAGAAAUGCAUCAGCAACUCGUCAGUGAUUUACAGGAGGAAGAGGAAGAUUUCUUGGCRAAGAUGGCAAAAGUCAGUGACAUUCCCGAAGAUGAGCUUAUGUUAACAAUCAAAACGUCAGCCAGUGAGGCUGGAAUGGACCCCAAACUGACAAAAACCAUCGCCAAAGACGUACGAAAGCGCCUUAGAUCAGCCAACGUUAACCCUGACGAGUGAACAUGAAAUACAACAGCGAACUACUGUACRCCUUCRCGUGCAACUAAUUAUGUGCAAGAUCUAUUACAAAYGCUCAAUAUGCUAUGCAUAAACUAAAAUAUAAGCACCUAAAAAUGUCUGCAUGUCAUUGCAAUAGUGGAAAAAACCUAGGGUCGAAAAGUCUUUAGAUGUUCGAAUUUUACAAAUAUCAAACCGAAAAGAUUKUGUUUAUUAUGAUGUUCAUAUACUGACUAGCACCAACCAAUGCUUGGUAUUUAUUCGGUAAUAUAUUGUAAAUAUUUAUGCUAUUGAUAUUUAUUCGUGCAUUUCGCUCAUAUUAAUCUUUUCAUUGCAAUAUUUAAUAAUCAAUAAAUUAUAUAAAGAAUAACAAAAAACAAAGACGUUAAUGCUGGAUAUAUUGAAAAAGUGAAAAAGCUGUUGGCCUUUUGAACGGAAGCAAUAGUAGUUGAGUGRUUUUAAUAUUUCGCAUUUUCUCGUAGGUCAAGAGCUCGUGAAAUAUGCACUUUUAACUCGUGUCUUACCAUUCCCUUCUGGCAGAGAACGAUUGAUGAAAUUCUCGAAGAUUAAAUGAAAAUUAUAUUGAAAGGGACUCUGCUCGCAGCAGAGAUUUGUCAACAUCCUGAAGAUUGCAAAUAAAUCGGGUCUACA